CUCUCUCUCUCUUAAUCAUCCUCCUCCUCAUAUCGUCAUCUCCAUUCAUCUCUGUCUGUCUGUUUCUCUCUCCGUACAUUUAUCAUAUUGUUCUCUCUCCUCCACAACCUCUCUCACCCUCACCUUUUCGGACAGUACAGGGGUGCAGUGGUGGAGUUGACGAUCAUGGUAGUGGUGAUUAUUCUCUUAUUCUUAUUCUGCUAAUCCCUCUCUCUCUCUCUCUCUCUCUUCUCUUUUGCUUCUUUACUGCUGGAAUUCUUCUUCUUCUUCUACAAACCUAUGUAAAGAUUAAAUCUUUUUUAUUUUUUAUUUAUCAGAAUAAAGAAAUCAAAUCUGAAGAGGAGAUGCUGCAGCACUAACUGAUAGGAAUUCUCUUUCUAGUUCUCUUUUAUCUUUCUUUCCAGUUGUUUAAACGUCCCCUUCUUUUUCUUUCCUUUUGUCAACAACCUAUUCAUCUUUCACCAAUCUUUGCCUUCCCCCACCAUUUCUCAUCAACCAAACAGUCCUCUCAGGGUGUGUGUAGAGCCAAAAAAAAAAAAAAAACCCAAUUGGUAUCAGAGUCAAGCAUGAAGAGAAAGCUUGUUCAGCUCCACCCCAAGUUACACUUGAUUAGAACCAGAAUUGUUCAUUGAGGAAAAGGAUUGAUGCAACAAGGAGGAGGAUUACAAUUCCCAUAUGGGUUGUCUACAUCGAUGGCUGAGAUCGCUCCUCCUGCAACCACAAGUUCUGACACCCACUUGAUGCAACAGCCAGUGGAAGCUGCCUCACCCAUCAGCAGCAGACCACCUGCAGAAGCCAAUUUGGAUGAGCUUAUGGGGUUGGCAACAUCAGAUGGGGCAGAUGAGGGUGCACUAGAAGGCGAUAGAGGCGGCGGUGGUGGAGGAGGUAGUGGUGGUGGUGGUGGCAAUAGGUGGCCAAGACAAGAAACAUUGGCACUAAUCGAGAUUAGAACUGAUAUGGAUACUGCCUUUCGUGAUGCCACCGUCAAAGGCCCUCUGUGGGAAGAUGUUUCCAGAAAACUAGCGGAGCUUGGAUACAGAAGAAGUGCCAAAAAAUGCAAAGAGAAGUUCGAGAACGUUCACAAAUACCACAAGCGAAAAAAGGAAGGCCGAGCCGGUCGUCAAGAUGGCAAGAGCUAUAAAUUCUUCCAACAGCUGGAAGCUCUCCACAAUACCACCACCGCAACUGCCUCCACCAGCACCCACGUGUCAGCUUCGCAAGCAAUGCCGGUUACCGCCACCGCCUCCGCUAGCCUUGAUGUCUCUCCUGUCUCUAUAGGAAUCCCAAUGCCGAUCCCAUCAGUUAGAAUUACUCAACCACCUCCACAACCACCACCUACUACUUCUGCCCAGGUCUCUUUCAAUGUGUUUCCUCAUAAUUUGAGUGCCGCCAUGCCGUUGCCGCCCACGUCGCUCACUGGAUCUGCAGCUCCGCCUCCGGCUGUUACGACUGGUGGUACAAAUGUUGGAAUUAGCUUUUCAUCGAACAGUUGGUCUUCUUCUUCUCAGGGUACUGAAGAUGAUGACGACGACGACGAUGAUAACGACCAGGAUGAAUCUGAAGGACAACCACAGUUGAAUUCAACUGGCAGAGGCCGCAAACGGAAGAGGCGGUCCGGUGGUGGCGGCAGUACGAGGAUGAUGGAGUUCUUUGAGAAAUUAAUGAGACAGGUGAUGCAGAAACAGGAGGCGAUGCAGAAAAGGUUUUUGGAGGUUAUUGAGAGGAGAGAGCAAGAUAAGAUCAUCAGAGAAGAAGCUUGGAAGAGACAAGAAACAGCAAGAUUGAGUCGAGAACACGAGCUGAUGGCUCAAGAGCGAGCCAUCUCUUCUUCCAGAGACGCUGCUAUUGUGUCCUUUCUACAUAAACUUACCGGGCAGACCAUCCAAUUGCCUCAACCUGUCACCAUCCCCGCAUUCACUCCGCCGCCACCACAACCUGUGCCGGCAAUCCACGUGACCCCAUCAAUGCCGCCACAGUCAGUACCUCCACAACAACCACCACAAAGCAAUCAGCAGAAGCCGCGGCAGCAGCACUCCCAACCCAUUUCGUCAGAAGUAGUAAUGGCAGAACCAGAGCAGCAAAUUCCACCCCAGGAUGUUAGUGGUGGUGGGAAUUACGAACCCAUCUCAUCGAGAUGGCCAAAAACGGAGGUUCUUGCGCUAAUCAAUUUGAGAAGUGGGCUGGAGUCAAAGUACCAAGAGGCGGGUACAAAAGGUCCACUUUGGGAAGAGAUUUCAGUAGGGAUGACGAGGUUGGGCUACAAGAGGAGUUCCAAGAGAUGCAAGGAAAAAUGGGAAAACAUCAACAAAUACUUCAAGAAAGUCAAGGAGAGUAAUAAGAAACGCCUGGAAGACUCCAAGACUUGCCCUUACUACCAUCAACUCGACGCACUUUACAGGAAAAAAGUACUCAACAGCACCAGCGGAGGAGGCAGUAUGAGCACCAGUGGCACUGCAGAACAGUGGCAGCAGCAGGAGAGCACAGACAUUGAGCCUUUUCCAGCAACAAGACCGAGCAAUGUACCAGUAUUAACACCAGCAGAGCAAGCCUCGCCGGAGUCGCAAAACAAAAAUGUGCAGGCAAGUAAUGUAGGCUUGCCAAGUAGUCUUUUUGAAGAAGGAAAUGGAGGAGGAGCAACGAAGGAGCCAGAAGACACUGUGAAGGAGUUACUGGAGAGGCAAGCGGGGUCGACACAACAACAGCAGCAAUCCGAUCAGCGGCAGCGACAACAGUUGACAGUUGAUGACUAUGAGAAGAUAGAGGAAGGUGCUGAUAGUGACAAUACUGAAGAUAUUGAAGAUGAUGAGGAUGAUGAAUUAGAAGUGGAGAGGAAGAUGGAUUACAAGAUAGAGUUUCAAAGACAAAACGCAGGCGGCGGCGCCUCUAAUGGAGGAGGAAAUGGAGCACCCUCCUUUAUGGCCAUGGUUCAAUAGAAGCAGCAUCAUCAACAAUGGUGGCAUUUAUAGCAGAAACAGCAGCUCCAGAGCGUACCAUAUGUACCUACACCUGUUGUUCAGAAGCUCAAACAACCUUACAUUCGUCAUUUAUACUUCUCAUUUUCUUCUUUCUUUUUGCUUUUGCUGUCUUUUAUCAUCUGUCAAUUGUUCUUCUCCGUCCACUUCUUUAUUUUUCUUCUCUUGAUGAUCAAUCAGAUCAUUCCUUUGAUCAAUUUGUUGAUUAAUUUGUUGGUGAAUAAAGUACCUUCUUUCUAUGAACAAUGGGAAGGAUUGGUUUAAGAGUAGAUGGAACAAGCGUUGGCAGAACUAGCAGCAACAUCCUCAAUGAGAAAGAACAAGCCUGGAAAAAGACAUGGCAGAAGGGAACAGAAAAAUAAUUCAAUGUCUGUACAUAGGGUGUGCUUGGAUCAAUAAAUCAUUAUUAUUUAUCAUUUUCUUUUAGUAAUCAUCAAUGCCUUCUUUAUUGUUUGUUAUAUAUGUUGUUGAAAUCAAUGAAUGAAAGCAUCUUGGAUCAUAAGGUUUUUA